AUGGGCGAGACUACCGUCGUUGUUAUGGUUCUGGAAAUUUGCAGUUCACUGGAUUGUCCCCCGAGAUAUCGAGAGAAUUCUCCCCCAGCGGCACCAGAGAGGGGAGACACUGAAGAUGAUCAAGAUCGGGCAGAGGGAGGAUGGGAUUCGGGUUCGAUGAGGGCGAAGAAUGAGUAUUGGGGAAGGUCGCGAAGAAAGAGAUACGAGGAGGCCUUGACUGAAGUCUCAACGAGUGCACGCAAGUUCGCUACCAGCUGGGCCUUUGACACCGCACGCCCCCCUGCUUCGACCGACCACCCAAUGGACCCCUAA